UAGCGACCACUACAUUUCCCAGGAGUCUCAGCAGCGACACCGACCGGAAGCGGCGGGCGAAUUGCUUGUCCUUGCGCGGCGAGUGAAGCGAGAGACCGACCAUGGUGGCUCGUGUGUGGUCGCUAAUGAGGUUCCUCAUCAAGGGAAGUGUAGCUGGAGGAGCAGUCUACCUUGUUUAUGACCAGGAGCUGCUGGGGCCUAGUGACAAGAGCGAGGCUGCCCUGCGGAAAGCCGAGGAGGUUGUGCCACCAGCAAUGUACCAGUUCAGCCAAUAUGUGUGUCAGCAGACAGGUCUGGAGAUGCCACAGCUCCCAAACCCUCCAAAGAUUAACUUUCCGAACUUCCGUGAUUCCUGGAACUCAGGCAUCAUCUCAGUCAUGGCAGCCUUGUCCGUGGCCCCCUCCAAAGCCCGAGAAUACUCCAAGGAGGGCUGGGAGUACGUCAAAGAACACACCAAGUAAUGGAUGCCACCUGCCCCAUCAUUAUGGGGGUCAAGGCCAGGAUGCCACAGACAUCCCAGUGGAGACCUCACUCUGAGGGCAGCUUCCAGCAUUGCUGGCCCAAUAAAGGACUUGGGAUUGGUCCCCAACUGUUGUUCUGGUGGGAGGACGUAGAGUGGGUCCUGGCUCCGGGCAGGCUUUGCUUUAUAGGAGUCCUGGCCAACAGGGAUCUCUAUGUUCCAGAUGUAAUGUUUGGAGCCCAGAAAGGUUUUUUUCUUUUGUCUUUUAACUUUUAAAAA